AUCCCGCAGCGAAUACCGUACUGUACAGUGGUGAGAAAUGUCCACAGUGCCAGUUGAAUAAUUUCUAGUUUCAACUAUUGUCCACAACAAUGCAGCCGAUAGAGUCAAUGGCGCUGUGAGCUCCACAACUGAAUACUACCCAGGCAAAAGACUUGAAGACCUGUGGACUUGUGGAUACGAUUGAAUAUAUAAAAAGGAUCGUACAAAUGACCGAGGGCUACCAACAACUCUUCAUCAUGCAUAACGCUCUCAAAGUCAACGAUAUCGUCUACGCUAUACUGCAACACGUCAAGUCCUCUAAGUCGGACUUGCGAAACAUGGCGAUGACCUGCUCCACGUUCUCAAAUCUCGCUCUCGACAUGCUAUGGUCUCAACAGGACAGUUUGAUACCCCUCAUCCAGUGUCUCCCGCGAGACACUUGGAAAGUCUGGUGGGGUGACAUUAUGGACUUUUCCCGCGAACCACUACCCACGGAGUGGGAGCGGGUCAGGAUCAAUGCAGCAAGGAUACGCGAGUUAAUCUUCACGGGGAACACCCGUAGUCCCCCGAGACCAAGUCUCCAGGUCGUACAGCGACUUUUUGAGCUCUUUCCGCCUGCUGUGUUGCUUCCCAAACUGCGCACAUUGCAUUUCAACACAAUAUCUCGGCACUGGCUGGACUUCGGUUCAGAACUCUCGUUGCUUCGCCAGUUCCUCUCGCCUAGAUUGGAACGCCUCGCAUAUUACAUACAGCCCCGCGCUCCGAUGCACGAGGUAGAGCAAUUGUUUGAUGCUAUUUUUACUCAAGCGCCUGGCCUUCGACAACUAUCACUACACAGUGCCCACAAGCUUUCGGCCUGUCCUUCCAAAGCACCUAAGCUACCGAAGAAGUUGAAUGUCCUAUCGAUUGGUCCACUCCGCAUGGAUCUGAUGAAGCAGAUCAUUCCCGAUAUUCAGCAUUUGCGCAGUCUCCAAUCCCUUACACUGGCUGUGGGAAAAUCAUUUGAUAUGGCAUCAGGUGGUAUCCCACUUGAAUUCAGUACGCUCAAACAUCUGUAUCUCACUGGCGCCCGCUUGGAAAAUUCCACAUCCUUCCUUCAUAAAGUUACCAUGCCACGAUUGUCGGUCCUCGAAAUCUCAUAUUACACAGCUACUGGACCAGCCGAAAUCACCGCGGCCAUCAAAUCCUUGUCUACGUCUUGCAAAACAUUUGCAUUCCUUGAAAAUAUCACUGUCGUCGACUAUUCGGAAAACCCAUCCGAGGAACUUGGGCCUGACGACCAACUCCAUUCCUCUAUUUUUCGGCCUUUGCUCCGGUUCAGGAGGCUGUCCAGUGUCAAAUUUAUUGACAUUGGAAAAUACUGCCUCGAUGACGCGUUCAUCGAGGACGUUGCAGUUGCUUGGCCGGAUCUUCGUACGUUGACAUUCGCCUCAGACGUACCUGGCGAAUAUCAGGUCACCUUGACCUCGGUGCUUUCAUUAGCGACCAGGUGCAAGUCGCUUCAUGACCUGCACUUAACGUUCGAUGCCACACAUUUUCCGACACUUCCCCGUGCGCCGGAUGCAAACCUGGAACUUUGGACCACGCAGACAACCCUCUGCAGGCUACAUGUCGGACACUCGAAAGUGUCGGAAGCAUCGUGUUUGCACCUCUUCCUAGCAGUGCUGUUUCCAAAUCUAGCCGACCUCAAGUAUUGUCUCCAUUUCGAUGGUCUUUCGGCGUGGAUAAAAUUAGAAAAUGCAUGGAGCGAACUGCUGAUCGAGCGGGAAAACUCUCCAGACGAGGCAACUUCCUGGCCGAACUCCCUACUGCAACUACAGCCUUAGUCGGAGGAGGAGGACGAAGUGGAAGAUAAGGAAUGGGAGAGGACAAGAAUGACUUAAUGUGCGGAUCAAUAGGAGGUCUCAGUGUGACCCAGUCGAGGCUGUAGAUGAAAUAGUACGAUAUGUUAACUAUUAUGUACCUUUGCUCUAUAUAUGCUUGCAUAUGCCUCAAAGUAGUCAAACCACGCUGUAGUUCGUUGUAUUUAUAUGUCUAAUCACC